AUGUUACGUUAUUUUUUUCUUCAAAAAUUAUAUCCACUUCUCGAUUUAUUUACAAAAAUAUAUUUUUUUGUAAUCAAUCAAUGGUUUAAUUUAUUUUAUUUAUUUAAACACAAAACAAAAGUUGAAUGGAAUAAUGAGGAAUUAGCAAGUCCUUUUCUUUUUAUAUCGGCUAAAAAGGCUGCCGAGAAAAUUAGAAAUAAAGAGAUUUCUUCAGAACAAUUAAUUUCUGCCUACAUAUCACGUAUUCGUCGAGUCCAACCUUUAAUUAAUGCUAUUGUUGCUGAACGUUUUGAAAAGGCAUUGGAAGAGGCUAAAAAUGUUGAUAAUUAUUUGGCUAAUUUGGAUGAAAAUUCUGAGGAAUACAAAAAUUUGGAGAAAAAUAAGCCUUUAUUGGGUGUCCCUUUCAGCAAUAAAAAUAAUAUGGAUGUUAAAGGGUUUGUGUCUGUUGCUGGUUAUGCUCCGUUUGUUAACAAUCCACCAGCGGAAAAGGAUUGUAUUGUUGUUGAAAGACUUUGUAAUACUGGAGCUAUUUUAAUUGCUAUAACAAAUUUACCAAAAUUGGCAAUGAAUUGGAGUUGUACAAAUAAAGUUUAUGGACGUACACGUAACCCUUAUGAUUUACGUCGAAUUCCUGGUGGAAGUAGUGGAGGGGAAGGAGCUCUUGUUGGGGCUGGGGCUUCCCCUUUUGGUUUGGGAAAUGAUUUGGGUGGUUCUGUCAGAAUUCCAGCUUCGAUGUGUGGAGUUUUUGGAUUAAAACCAACAAAAGAUGCUGUUUCGCUUAUUGGUUUUACGCCUAAAAUAGACACAGAAAUGGGUAAAGCCCAAUGGACGAUUGGUCCUUUGUGUCGCUAUGCUGAAGACCUUCCUCUUGUUUUUAGUAUAAUUUCCGGAAAGUUACAAUCUGAGGUGGAUUUUCAAAUUGACUUUAGCCAAGUUAAAAUUAUUUAUAUGGAUAUUUUAAAUAUUUGGUUUAUGGAAAAUGUUCAUUCAGAAGUUUUACAAGCACUGAGAAAAUCUGUUAGUUUUUUCGAAACAGAAUUUAAUGUUACUGCCCAAAAAGUUGAAUUUCCAUUAGCCAGUCAUCUCUACGAAAUUUGGGGUGCUUUGGGCUUUGGGACUCCCGCAUUGGGCAUUCCAGACAUUAUUAAAGAAUUCCCAAAAGUAUUUAAUGAUAAAUCAGAAUUAACUAGUUGUGCGUGGAUAUUCUCUCUUAUACAUGCAUUUGUAGAUGUACGAGAUGAUAAUGAAAAGGAAUAUAUGCUUAAAAAACUUGACAAACUUCGUCACCAAAUCAAACAAGCACUUGGUGACAAAGGUAUCCUUCUUUUGCCAACAUGGCCAACACUUGCACCAUUCCAUCACCAAGACUUGUUUACAAGCUUGAAUCUCGCCUUUACAGAAUUAUUUAAUAUUCUGGGCUUCCCAGCUAUAUCCUGUCCUGUCGGAUUGGAUUCCUCAAAACAAAUCCCUUUGAGUGUCCAAAUUGCUGGACCACCUAAUUCUGAACCGUUAUUGAUGGCUGCUGCCAAGGAACUUGAACGAGGAUUUGGUGGAUGGGUACGCCCAUGA